AUGAGCAAUCGAGUCCCAGACAUAGAUCCCGACCAACCCGAGGAUAUGCCCUACUGCAUCUGGUUUCCUGACCUUCCCUCGGAAGACACCAUCAGAGAGCUCGUCCAGUGUUUUCCCGCCAUGACCUACCAGGCCGCGCGCACAUGUGCUGUCGCCGGACACACAGAGCCUUACAAGGAGCUUGCCGUUCGGAUCCUGCCCGAGGUUUCUAUCGCCGAGGAAGCCCGCGAGAACGGCAACCAUGCCAUCUUCAAUAUGAUCAUGGAGGCGCCCUGUCAGUACAAAGUCUUUGAUGAUUACAACCGUACCAUUAACACCACAGCACCGAAGCCCCCUCUUUUGAACGGCGAUACCGCCAUCCGACCGUACAUGCUGGAGACCCGGGCGUUUGGACCUCCAGUUGGUCGCAUGGAUGACGAAGAAGGGGAUUCCGAGUCUGAAGACGAGGAGUUGGAUCCUUGGGGCCUGAGCCCUCCACUCGGCUCCAUACAGACUCGCUUCAACAUCACCGAGGAUAUGAACAUCGAUCUCGACGGUAAUGGUGGUAUUCCGGGUUCAGUUACCCCAGUGGUCCCGAAUUCUGAUGAAGAGGCACUGAGAAUUCUCUGCCAGCCACUGCCAGUCGAUCUGCCCACCUGCCAUAAAGACUUGCUCAUUCUCAUGGCAGCAUGCAACGGCGACAUCGAAAGGUACCAUCGACUGCGCCGACCACGACUCCUUGACCAAGAGAUCGGGUAUCAUAAUACGCUUUUUGCGCAAUGGUGGAAAAGUCAGCCACUACCUGAGGGUGACGAAUCGGCCAUCCGCAAGGCCAUAUCGGCGCGAGGAAUCAUGAACAACGACUUAUCUUACAUCCUGUCUCCUAAAGGAGCCUGCCCUCGACUGAUCUGGUAUCCUGCCGUCGCUGCUUCCUCGACGUACGAGGCUCUCGCACGCCUCGUCCCCCCAAUGCGGCCCAAUGUCGCUCGUGCCGCCAUCUUCUCGAACAACGAGACGCUAUUCGAUAGCCUUAUUGCUGGGAACGACGGUGGCGAGCCCGUUGAUCCGAGUUUCAGUCUGCUGAAUGAGGCCAGGCGAAGCCAUAAUGUACAUUAUCGUGAAGCUCUAGGGCGUAAAGCGGGGGAACUGGGGGUUGAUAUGACUCGAGGCGUGCCACGGCUCGACCCUUUGGUGCAAGAGUUACCACAACACAUACACUCUUUUGACACGGAGCUGCCCUCGUCGCCCCCUGGGAUUGGAACGAACAAAGGCGAGCCAGAUUCUGUUUACAAUGGCAUGUCUUGCAACGCAAGCUAUGUUGAGACGUACGUCUCUAUCCCCGAUGAGUGGAAGAGGGCGCCGGAGGGUUACCAGCCAAAAGACGGAAUCACGCUUAUGGACCUGGACUACGAGCGGUGGCCUCCGGGAUUCUCGAAAAGACGUUCAUGGAUUCAGAGCCUGCUCAUCCCGCUCGCCCCGAUCGCGCGACCUUACGGCGGCGGGUGA